AUGGACUUCCUCUUUGGCGCCGCGCCUGUGUUGCCAGCAAGCAGGCCGAGAAUGUUCCAGACGUCCUUCGAGCAGGGCCGCGAAGAAGAGCCCCCGGAACCAGGGCAGGGUGGUGGCGGCACAGAGAUGGUGAUGCCCUUCAGCAUUAAGUGGAGCGCCGAGUGGAAGACCAUGCAGGACAUCCACACGGCGGAGAAGGUCGCUGGCCCACUGAGCAAACUCUUCUGGCUCUUUGCAGGGGUGUCUGUAGGUGUGGGCAUCUCUUACCUUCCCAGCAUGCUCGCGCAGAGGAUCGUGGGCAAGAAGGAAGAGGAGGAAGCAGCCGCUCCACCGGCUGCUCCGGUGGCCAAGGUUAAAGCCAAGCCCAAGGCUGCCCCUGCGGCGGCGUCUGAGGCGCCUGCUGCAGCAGCACCUGCCUAG